AUGUCGCUGCCUCGCGUUGUGACCCGGCUCGACAUGCUCUCCUUAUCUCAUCUACUCGACCACGUCCACCCACAUGUAGAGCACAGCCGCACCCCAUCCUUGCCCCCGAUUCUCCGGCUACCAACAAAGCUCCUCCUCGACAUCCUCCAGCGCUCUGUCAAUUCCAGACUGAGAAGAGACAAGGACCCGCUGCGCAUUCUGGCUAAACAUCAUUGGCUUGCCCUUUCCACCGUCUGCUCCAAAUGGCACGACGUCAUUUUGGGGACACAUAUGAUUUGGGCAGACAUGGACAUCUGGUGGCUAGACCCACGACACGAAACUUCUGCCGUUGAGCUGAUCCAGCGCUCGCUGCUGCGCGCUGGGACUUCUCCCCUCCGUCUCACUGUCGAUGUAACCCACACUUAUAGACAGUCGAGAUGGUUUGCGAUUCGACGUCGAUGGGUAGACUCGAACCACUUGGAGUAUACAUACUCUACACAAUCAAUGUGCAACGGCAAAAGUGGAGGGUGCGGGCACCAGCGCCGGCAACUAAUGACAGAGAAGAGGAAUGAUUUGCCGUCCACGUGUGCAUACUCCGAAUAUUCUCGACUGGGAAGUCUUCCCAACAGCCUUUCGCUUCGCGAAAGCCGCCAGCAAAGCCUUGCCCAAUACCCUUGA